AUGAAACGACAGUCUUCAACGAAUAUUAAUGAAUCGGAUCAUAAUCCUUGUGGGUUACUAUGGGUGAAAAUUGAAAAUUCUAAUGAUAUCAAUAACCAGGCCUUUAAGAUAGAAGUUAGUGAAAAUGAUACAGUAGAUGAUCUAAAGGAUAAAAUCCUUGAACGACUUAAUAAUACAAGAUGGAAGUCGAUGAAUGAUAACGCAUCAAUAUCAUUAGGUGUGUAUACUAUAUCGGCAUCUACAUCAAUUCCACAACAAUCAAAUUAUUUACAACAGAAUCAUUCGAUAGAUGUUGAUUCAUUGAACUCUCCUGUGGAUAUUAUACCCAAUUUAUUUCAAAAACAAUCAGUUAUUGCGUCUGCUGCAAGUGGUACAACAAGUGCAACUAUGCCUCCUGAUUCUUCGAUUUUAACUCCACAACCAAGUAUUGUAUUGUCAAAAUUGUCUACUUCAAUACCAAUAAAUACCAAUAAUACGAAUGGUCAUCCGAAUAAUAUGAUUAGUAGUAUGAGUCCCAAGACAUUUAAUAAUAUUGCACAUGAGGAGCAUGUAAACUAUAUCGAAACUAGCCCUCAAAGAGCAUGUUCUACUAGUCCCAAAUUGAUCUCUGUUCCAAAAGCUUCGAUUGUAAGACCGAGUUCAGUAACUUUAUCACAAGCAACAACAAACAAUAAUAAUAAUAAUAGUACUAGCUUGCCUCAUUUGAGUAAUUAUAUAAGUACGAAUAAUAGAGCAUAUACACAAGCAAGAUUAUCCCCUAACGAUUUCACCCAUCAAUUGUCUCAGGUACAACAAAAACAUGCAAGAAAUAUUGAGGGACUUCGUUAUUCAACUGAACUUGUUAAUAGAACAAAUUUAACAUAUAGAGUGAUUUUCCAACCGGAUGAAUUGGCUAAGAAUAUUAGACAUCAUCUAUUUAAUAAUAAACAAACCGCAUCAGAUCCAAUUUUUAUUUUCUCUAAUUCAACUUUAUCUCUUGAACGUGGUAUCAAUUCAAUAUCAAAUUCAAAUACUAAAACAGAAAAACCAUUGUUAUCCCUGAAACCUAUUGAUGUAACGAAUAAUUAUAUGCAUAUUGGAAGAACAAUUACUCCCAUUGAGAUAGGGGAAUCAUCUGAGAAUCCGUAUCAUGUUGAUGUGAAUGCAAACAAUGGUGAUGACGAUAAUGAAAAUGAAGUCCAAACAUCUAGCCCCAAUGAAUUUAAGACUUAUAAAUUAAUUACUAAUGAAAAACAAUUAAAGGAGGCUUCCGAUCUAUUAUCUAAUGAGGAUCAAGUAGAAGGUAUGGAGACAUCCCCAAAACAAGCUAUCUUAUUAUUACCAAAGGGGUACGUUGGGGAUCAUCACAAUGGAGUUGGUUCUCACUCAUUGAACGAAGAAUUGGGACGCAGUUAUGAAAAUCAAAAGGACAUUCAAGAAGCAAUAACAUCGCAAUUAAACACUACAAAAUCUCAUUCCAGUACAUCUUCCACAGAAAAUUUACCGAAAAGUCUUGAAGUUUCAUUGCAGGGAAGUGAUACAACAGCAUUUAUACAACAGCAUCAUCAUGUUCCUUUAAAUGAACAAGAGGUUGGAUUAAUUGAUCCAAUGAUUGAAAAUGAAUGGCAUAAGAAAACAGCACAUACCCACAAUGAUCAAUCACAAGAUCAGAAGCAGCAAGGAACAGAGAAGACGGAUUCUCAAUCUUCAACUGAGGGAGAUAGCCCUGUGACUAAGCCACACGUGAGGAUUUUACCAAAGGACAGACCAAUUCCACAUCCAAUUCGUGCUCACCCUAAAUCUGCUACAUCAUCAUCAUCAGCUCAAAAAUCUACAAGUGAAAGAGUCUUUCCUAAGAUCAAUGUGCUUAUCGUAGAAGAUAAUGUCAUUAAUCAAGCCAUUCUUGGUUCUUUUCUAAGAAAACAUAAGAUUUCAUAUAAAGUUGCCAAUAAUGGUAAAGAGGCAGUAGAUAUUUGGAAAGAAGGUGGCUUACAUUUAAUUUUUAUGGAUUUACAGUUGCCAGUAUUAUCUGGUAUUGAAGCUGCAAAACAAAUAAGAAAUUGUGAAAAAGAACAAAAGAAAGGUACUAGUAAUGGAAGUGGAUCUCCACCAGUAAUCAUUGUUGCGUUGACCGCAUCGAAUUCUAUUGAAGAUAAAAGAAAUGCUUUGAUCUCUGGUUGUAAUGACUAUUUAACGAAACCUGUUAACUUACAUUGGCUAAGUAAAAAAAUAACAGAAUGGGGUUGUAUGCAGGCAUUGAUUGAUUUCGAUAGUUGGAAGCAAGGACAGAGUAGGAUGACCGAUAGCUUUCUAAACAAGGUACCUAAGAAAGUUAAAAUGGGUGUAAUUAGUUAG